GACAUGUGGCCUAGUCGGAACAGAACGCAUUUAGCUUUCAGACAGUCUACACUCCCUUCUCUCUGCAGCCAUGAGAGCCAAACUCGAGAUCGUCGCUUUGGUCCUGGGCAGCUUGGGGAUCAUCGGAAUCAUCGCCAUCACCGCGAUGCCGCAAUGGCGAGUCUCGGCUUUUAUCGGCGCCAACCUGAUCGUAAUGGAAGACCGCUGGGAGGGGUUAUGGAUGAACUGCUACAAACAAAUCGACAGAAUGCAGUGCAAAGUGUACGAUUCUUUGCUGAUCUUACCGCCGGAGCUCCAAGCGGCAAGAGGGCUGGUGUGCGCGGCGAUAGUGAUAGCCCUCAUAGCGUUCGCCAUCACCAUAUCCGGAACGGAGGUGACUUCCUGCGGAAACGACAGCCCGAGUGCUAAAACGAUACUGCUAGUUGUCGGCGGCGUUUUUUUCCUGCUGGCGUGCCUGACGACGCUCGUGCCCGUCUGCUGGGUGGCGCAUACGGUGAUAAAGGACUUCUACAAUCCGACGCUGAUGGACGCGCAGAGGAGGGAGCUCGGGCCGGCGCUGUACGUGGGAUGGGGGACCGCGGGGUUACUGCUCGCAGCCGGGGUGAUCUUACUGGUGAGGUUCUGUCAGAGGAGGGAGAUGGAGGAGAAAGAAGGGGUGUAUCCGGGAGCGUACGAUCUAGCGCCCAAAGCGGACAGCGUGUACCUCCAGAGAAUUCCGUCGAGUACUCACAAGACCAUGGAGUAUGUGUGAAGAGUUCUGUGAAAGUACUCUGAAAGGUACUUUGAAAUACUACCUUGAUAGUUUUGAACUGAAUGUAGAGUAAUCUGAAAUUGUUUUAAUCAAGUUACUUCAAACUUUAACUUCGAUAUUUUCGACCAAAUCUAUGACAACCUUCAACACCAACGACCUUAAGGAAAAGAAUCCGUGUAUCAUUCGUUCAUUUGUUUUUCAGUAUAAAAUCAAAAAUAAGAAAACGAAAAAAACAACUAUUUUCUUCAUUAUCUGUCUCCAAAACCAAAAUGAAAAAAUGGAUAACUAUUCGUUUUUAAAUUUUUUGAUUUUUGUGUUUAAAUGAAAAAAUGGAAAAAACUACCGUUUCCCGUUUCCGUGACUUAAACUGAGAUGAGGGACUUUUGCUCCACAUACGGACUGAACCAGGUCCGGGACCAGACCGGAACCAGACCAGGACUGAUAUCAGGACUUAGACCGGGACCAGGACUGAGACCGGGACCAGACCAGGACUGAAACCGGGAUUGAGACCAGGAUCAGACCAGGACUGAAAAUGGUUUAAUCCUGGUUUAGCCUUAGUUUAGUCCUGGUUUAGUCUCGAUUCAGUCCUGCUUCAGUCCACAUGUGGCGCAAAA